AUGGAGUUUCAUGGGAUGAAGAGGAGUGAUUUACAAGCACUAUGCAAAAAGCAUGGAGUCCCCGCAAAUCUGAAAAGCAUCGAGAUGGCUUAUAAACUCACUUCUCUUCUUAGUGUGAAUGAGUUGUUCAGAAGUGGAAACAACAAAGAUAUUACUGAAGAUGAACAGUCAAAGAAUAUGUAUGAGACUGUCAAGAAAGCUCGAGUUGAGUCUCUUCUUGUUCAAAAUGAGUUAGCUGCCGAAGAAUUUGAUGGUUAUUGCGAAGGGGAGCUUGUCAAGGUUACAUUAUCAGGUAACCAGGAACCAAUCCGUACUGAGAUAACUGAGGCAGCAAUGGAGUUAGGAUCUGAGAAACUUUCACUGAUGGUCACGGAAGCGUACAAGGAUGCAUACGCAAAGAGUGUUAUGGAGGAGGAGGAGAAUGUAGUUGAUGGGAGAAAAGUUAAGAAAGUAAGGUUUAGUCCUGAGUCUGAGAAUCAAGUCUUUGAGUUUACACGCUCUGUUAAGAAACUUCCUAGGCGUAGUAGCCAAGGUGGUGGAAGUAUAGUAGAGCUAAGGCGGUCCAAGCGAAUUCUUACAGUAGCUGGAUGUAAUGGAACUGUGUCAAACUCAGUAAAUGGGAUUGUUGAGGCUGAGAAAGGAUCUUGUAGUUUGGUUGAAGAGCAUAACCUCCCAAGGCGGUCAAAACGACUUGUGGACAAAAGAAUAUGAAAGAAGAUGAUAAAGAUAUAAUUUACUUCUCAGCUAACUUUUGUCUUUGGUAUCAGAACAUCAUGGCUUCUCAAUUGUUA